AACUUUAAAACUCAGAAAUCAUUUUAGCUUUGUAAACAAUCAGCCCAUAAGAGGCAACACAGACUGAUGAAGAAGCAAUACUUAACGACACACCCCGCGCACCAGCUUGACGUUGCUGCGCGCCGCAAUUCCUCUUCCUCGGAGGCGACGACGCAGGCCGUGGCGUUCGUUUUCCUCGAGGACGAGGCCAUAGGUGCCAUCGUCCCUUCCCCCUUCGAAGACUCAUCAUGUUACCGCCGGCGGCAUGAGAAGCCUGGUACGUUUAUCUUCUAUUCGAACGUUCUCCGCCGCCUCUGCUGCCACCGCCACCGACACGGCCGCCGCUGGAUGCAGACAGCAGAACAAGGCUCUCUCUGACCUUAUCAGGCGAGGUCGCCUCCGUGAAGCUCGUCAGGUCUUCGACUCCCUCCCCUACCGCAAUGUCUUCAUCUGGAAUUCCAUGAUCUCUGGGUACGCUCGACACGGCGAAGUUGCCCGUGCCCGUAAACUGUUUGACGAAAUGCCUCGUAGAGACCUCAUAUCCUGGAACUGCAUGAUAUCUGGCUACGUGAAUUCAUAUGACCGCAGCGAGCUUAUGGAGGCUCGUCGCCUGUUUGAUCAAAUGCCUGUAAGAGAUGUCGUCUCUUGGAAUACCAUAAUUAGCGGGUACACGAGGCAUGGGAAGAUGGUUGAAGCGAUGCAGCUUUUUGGUGGAAUGCAUGAGAGAAAUGUUAUUUCUUGGAAUACGGUGAUUACAGGUUUCCUUCGCGCUGGGGACAUAAAGAGCGCUGUAGAGUUGUUUGAGAUUAUGCCCGUUCAGGACGCUGCAUCACUGAAUGCACUAGUUUCGGGGUUAAUUCAAAACAACUUUUUGGAAGAGGCGACAAAAAUUCUGCUAAGGAGCACUAAAGUAUCUGAAAUCGAGGGAGCUGUUGAUGCUUUCAAUACCUUGAUUGUUGGGUAUGGUAGAGUUGGGAGGUUAAAGGAAGCCCAGAGUGUGUUCAACUUGAUUCCUUGCGAGCAAAAUCAAAACUCACCGAGUAGGAGGACCAAAAUCUUUCAGAGGAAUGUUGUUUCAUGGAAUUCUAUGAUCAUGUGUUAUGUAAAAGCCGGUGACCUUUUGUCUGCAAGAAAACUUUUUGAUGAGAUGCCUGUGAGAGAUUUGGUCUCAUGGAACACCAUGAUCACUGGCUAUUCACAGGCUCUCGAAAUGGAAGAGGCUGAAUUUCUUUUCCGCCAAGUGGAUGAACCUGAUGUUCGAUCAUGGAACACUAUGAUUUUUGGUUUCACCCAGAAGGGCGAAUUGGAGAAAGCAAGAAACUUUUUUGACGAUUUACCACAUAAAGAGAUUGUCACUUGGAACACGAUGAUUGCUGGCUAUGAGCAGAAUGGAGAUUUUGAAGGGGCGAUUGGGCUUUUCUCUGAAAUGUUGCCUGCUGGUGAGAGGUUUGACAAACAUACUAUGUCGUCAUUGUUAAGUGCCUGUGCGGCACUUGCAUCUCUAAGGCAAGGUACUCAAAUUCACCAACUCAUCAUUAAAGCACUUGUACCAGAUACCCCAAUUAACAAUUCUUUGAUCACCAUGUACUCAAGGUGCGGGUGUGUGAUUGAAGCAAUGUGUGUGUUUGAAAACAUGGAGCAAAGGGAUGUAAUCUCAUGGAAUUCUAUGAUAGGGGGAUUUGCACACCAUGGAUUUGCUAUGGAAGCACUUCAUCUCUUCAAGGAAAUGAAGAUUGCAAAAAUUCGACCAACGCAAAUAACAUUUGUAUCCGUUCUGCAUGCCUGCGGGCAUGCAGGAUUGGUGGAAGAUGGGAAAAGGGAAUUUGAUUCAAUGGUUAAGGAAUUUGAGUUAUUGCCUAAUGUGGAGCAUUAUUCUGUGCUUGUGGACCUCAUCGGGCGGCAUGGGAAGCUUGAUGAAGCUUUGGAGGUGAUUAAAGACAUGGUGAUUCCUCCUGACCGGGCAGUUUGGGGCGCUCUUCUUGGUGCUUGUAGGAUUCAUAACAAACCUGGUUUGGCUGAUAUAGCAGCAGAGGCCCUAGCCGCAAUUGAGCCCAACGGAUGUGCUUCUUAUGUGCUGAGGUACAAUAUACAUGCAGAUGAGGGGAGAUGGCAGGAAGCAUUACAAGUGAGGGAAUCAAUGGAUAGGAAAGGGGUUUUCAAGCACCCAGGAUAUAGUUGGAUUGAAUUGCAGAAUAAAGUUCAUGUUUUCAUUGCUGGAGAUUGCUCUCAUCCUCUAUCAGAGGAUAUAUACUCACUAAUCGAGACCUGCAACAGGUUCAUCAGAGAUUCACACAUGGAUAAGAUGGGAAAAGCUAUAUUUGUUAAAAAUAGUAGUUUUCAUGGAUUUGGAAUCCUGUCAAUUCCAUAUGCUCUAGCAGAGGGAGGAUGGUUAAGCUUAAUGCUUCUUUUUGUCUUGGCUGCUAUCUGUUUCUACACUGGACUACUCCUUCAAAGAUGUAUGGAUUCAAAUUCUCUUGUCAGAACUUACCCAGACGUUGGAGAGCUAGCAUUUGGGUUGAAAGGAAGAAUGUUGAUAGCUUUCUUCAUGUACCUUGAGCUCUAUUUCGUCGCGAUUGAAUUCCUUAUACUGGAAGGAGACAACUUGGGGAAACUAUUUCCACAGGCAAAAUUUCACAUUGCAGGUCUAAAACUAGGAGGAAAAUCAGGCUUUGUUAUUUUCUCAGCACUUGUGAUAUUGCCCACAACAUGGCUGAGAAAUUUGGGAGUUCUUGCCUAUGUGUCGGUUGGCGGAGUCUUGGCUUCUCUUAUUUUGGUUCUCUCUGUUAUGUGGGUUGGAGCAGUUGAUGGUGUUGGGUUUCAUGAAAGAGGAGUUGCUAUCAAUUGGAGUGGAAUCCCUACAACAUUGAGCUUAUUUGCUUUCUGUUACAGUGGACAUUCAGUCUUUCCUACCAUAUAUUCAUCAAUGGCAGAUAAAACAAAAUUCUCUCGUUUUUUAUUUGUCAGUUUUGUUAUCUGCACCAUUAUCUAUGGAGUAAUGGCAGUCAUUGGGUACCUAAUGUUUGGUGAAGCUACAAACCCCCAGGUGACUUUAAAUCUUCCAGUGGAAAAAAUGAGCUCCAAACUUGCAAUCUACACUACUUUGAUCAACCCAUUAGCAAAGUAUGCGCUGAUAAUUACUCCAAUUGUGAACGCCCUUGAAGAGUGGCUCCAGGUCACAAAGAACAGAUUCAUUGGCAUUCUGAUCCGGACUCUCCUCCUGAUUAGCACUGUAAUUAUAGCAUUAACUCUGCCAUUUUUUGGAUAUAUCGUAGCUCUUACUGGUUCUUUUCUCUGUAGCAGUGCUACAAUGGUGCUGCCAUCUUUGUGCUACCUUAAGAUAUUCAAGAGCUCGAGACGUUGGAAUGUAGAAUUAGUGAUGAUUUUGGCUAUUUUGGUGGUGGGAGUUCUUAUUGCAGUGAUUGGAACUUAUGUUUCCAUGAAGCAAAUCAUAAGAAUCUUUACUGGCUCUGAUUUGUGGUUUGCUUGUUGGUUCUCACCCGGAAAGACUCAUAGAAUGCUGAAGAACAGUGUCCUGUUCACCACUUUUGGCAGAACUUCAGCGUCGGGCGGUGAUCUGACAGAAUUCUUGUGUCGGCAGUGGUCUGAUAGAACUCUGGUGUCGGGUAGUGGUCUGGCAGAACUCCGUGCAUCGGGUGGUGGUCUGGCAGAACAUCGGGCGUCAGGUAGUGCUUUGGCAGAGUUCUGGGCGUCAGGUGAUGAUCCGGUAGAACUCCGGGCAUUAGGAGAUGGUUUGGCGGAACUCCAGUUGUCGGGUGGUGAUCUGGUGGAACUCCGGGCGUUAUGUGGUGGUUAUGUGGAGCUCAAGGCAUAUUUGAACGUCCCAACGGUCGGGAACCGCUUUUUCCCUUCUUCCAUGAAAAACAAACCCGCCUUAAGCCUUGAGCUCCUUCCUUUGUCCAUGGCUUCCUCCCUUGUUCACCUAGCUUACCAAGCCCCGGCAAGAAACAUUAUUUCCCUCAUCAGCGCCCAUUCAUCUAAUAAGUCUCAUCUCAUCCAAAUCCACGCCCAACUCCUCCGCACCUACCUUAUCCUCGAUAUCAUUGCCUGCAACACCAUUCUGAAAGCCUACAUGCAAACUAUCUCGCCUUCCAACACACUAACCUUCUACAAGCACAUGCGGAGCCUUGGUGUUCGUGGUAACUCAUUCUCUUCCUCCUUUGUUCUCAAAUCAUGUGUCAAACUCUCCUCUUUAUUUAGUGGACAGCAGGUUCACGGAAGAGUUGUCCAGGAUGGCCACCAAUCUGAUUCCGUUCUUCUGACGUCCUUGAUGACCCUUUACUCUCUGUGCAGGGACCUGGACAGUGUCCGUAAGGUGUUUGAUGAAUUGCCAACUAGAGACACUGUAACGUGGAAUGUGCUAAUUUCUAGCUUUACUUGCAGUAACCGAACGAAGGAUGCAUUGCUUCUCUUUGACGCAAUGCAGAGCCCAGAAUAUGGGUUGGAGCCCGACGAGAUUACUUGCUUGCUCCUGCUUCAGGCAUGUGCCCACUUGGGCUCGCUUAAAUUUGGUGAGCGCGUGCAUAAAUAUGUUGAGGAACAUGGAUAUGGAAACCUUCUCAAGAUUAGGAAUUCUCUAAUUGUAAUGUACUCAAGGAACGGGUCUAUGGAGAAGGCUUAUAGAGUGUUCUGUGAUACAUCUGAGAAGAAUGUUGUUACUUGGAGUUCAAUAAUUUCAGGGCUGGCAAUGAAUGGCUAUGGAAGGGAAGCUAUCAAUGCUUUCGAAGAGAUGCAGAGGGAGGGUGUGGCUCCUGAUGAACAAACAUUUACUGGGAUUCUCUCAGCUUGCAGUCACAGUGGGUUAGUUGAUGAAGGGAUUAGUCUAUUUGACUUUAUGAGAUUUGAGUAUGGACUUACUCCUAAUGUUUGUCAUUACGGAUGUAUGGUCGAUCUUUUAGGCCGUGCUGGCUUGCUUGAUCGUGCCUACAAUUUUAUAGUAAAUGAAAUGAUAGUUCUGCCAGAUGCUACAAUUUGGAGGACUUUGCUUGGGGCUUGCAGAAUCCAUAAAUAUGUUGGGCUCGGUGAACGUGUUAUUGAGCACCUGAUUGAAUUGAAAGCUCAGCAAGCUGGGGACUAUGUCUUAUUACUCAAUAUCUAUGCUUCUGCAGGCCAUUGGAAUAAGGUGGCCGAUGUAAGGAAGUUGAUGAAAGAGAGAGAAAUUCAAACAAAUCCUGGUUGCACUACGAUGGAACUCAAUGGAGAAAUUCAUGAGUUUGUUGCGGAUGAUGGCUCUCAUCCAAGGAAGGAAGAAAUCUAUGCAAUGCUUGAAGAGAUUGGAACGCAGAUUAAAAUUGCUGGUUAUGUUGCCAACAUGGCGUCAGAGCUGCAUGAUUUGGAUAGGGAGGAGAAGAAGGGUGCACUCUCCUAUCACAGUGAAAAGAUAGCUCUUGCUUUUGGGAUUCUUGCAACUGCUCCAGGUAGAACUCUUAGAAUUGCAAAGAACCUUCGGAUAUGUGUAGACUGCCAUGAUUUCACGAAGGUUUUAUCUAGUGUUUAUAACAGGGAAGUGAUUGUCAGGGAUCGUAAUAGAUUCCACCAUUUCAGAUAUGGACGCUGUUCUUGCAAUGAUUACUGGUAGGAUAUCAUAUUUAUUGGGCUUUCAAACUCAACGGACAGCCUGAAGUGGAACUGUUUAGUGAAAGUGAUAAUGGAAUUUAGGUAUUUGCGUCUUAUAAAUGCUGAUCAAGGAAUCUCCCUCAGAAUCUCUGGAAAGAUUAGUAAGAACUUUUGCAAUUCUAUUUUCUUGGUUACUGCAAGGUAUUGAUUGAUCUUUAAACAAAUUUCUUAAACAUCCUAAAGGGCUGUUUGGUAUUGGAUUGGAUUUAACUUUAGUGGAUUUAGUAAAUCCCGUAAAUC